AAACUUGCAAUUCAAUCGGGUUGCCAGAUGGGUUAAGAUGCAGAUCCAUACGAGUCAAGUCUUUUUCAAAAUGCUGCUGUUUUGAUGUAAGUAUAAAAGCAAAAAUUUCUUCUUUUCCUCAUAAUACUCUUAUCUCCUCUCUUUCUCUCUAGAAAACCUUUGCUUUCUUUUUAAAAAAUUGAUCCCAACCAGAAUUCUUAGGCAAUUCCAUAAACUGGUAUCGAAAAAUUCAAUGGAAAACUACAAACCUACCUAGAAACGACCCUAACUUCCUAGAAUCUGGCUACCGUGAUCUUCGUCGAAAUCUUCAAAACUUCACUGAAAAGUUCUUAAAAACCCAAAAUUCAUCCAAAUUCAACAGGUGAUUGUGAUUAUGGUGACCGGUUUUCCAUCAUCUCAGCUGAUGCUAUCCGGAAUGGGGGAGGAUUGAUGCACUAUUUGUUGUUAAUGCGAUCUGAUAUAUCUUUGGCAUGAAAAUUGUAAGGGACGAUACAGUACUACAAUCCACCAGGCUUGUUGGGUAUGUUGAAAAUGGGCAGCCCAAUGUACUAACCAAAUAAUUAUGGGCCAGGUAGCAAGCUUUCAAAGCCAGGCUAUCAGUCCCGUGCAACCAUUUUACUUGUCUUCAUCUCAUGCCACCCCACAACGGUCUUUUUACAUGUCUGAAUCUCAUUAUCCUCAAUAUAUUUGACUUUGGAAGUUCCAUUGUUUAGAGUUGGAGUGGAAGUUAGUCCCAAAGAAACAGAACAAAGGCAACAAAGUCAAAAUGGAGUCACCAUUCAAAGCAGAUUUAUUAAAAGGCAAGGUAGCUUUGGUGACAGGAGGAGGCUCAGGAAUCGGGUACGAGAUUUCAUUGCAACUUGGAAAACAUUGCGCCUCCGUUGCCAUCAUGGGGCGACGCAAACAUGUGCUUGACUCUGCUGUUGCUGCUCUUCAUUCCCAUGGCAUCCCUGCUGUUGGGAUUGAGGGAGAUGUUAGAAAAGAGGAUGAUGUAGCUAGAACUGUGGAAUCAACCUUUAAGCAUUUUGGCAGGCUUGACAUCCUUGUGAAUGCUGCAGCUGGCAAUUUCCUUGUGCCUGCUGAGGAUUUAUCUACCAAUGGCUUUCGAACAGUAAUUGAUAUAGAUUCUAUUGGCACUUUUAGAAUGUGCCAUGAGGCACUUAAAUAUCUUAAGAAAGGGGGACCUGGGAAGGAUCUGUCCAAUGGUGGAACAAUAAUAAACAUAACUGCAGCUAUACAUUAUGGAGCGACAUGGUACCAAAUUCAUGCAUCUGCUGCCAAGGCAGCUGUUGAUAGCAUUACCAGAAGCUUGGCAUUAGAGUGGGGCACAGAUCAUGGCAUUCGAGUCAACGGGAUUGCACCAGGGGCUAUCGAUGACACUGUCGGUCUCAUUAAACUUGCACCUGAGGAGAUAAUGAGCAAGAUUAAAGAGAAACCUUUGUACACAUUUGGGGAGAAAUGGGAUAUUGCUAUGGCAGCUCUUUAUCUUGCAUCUGAUGCAGGAAAAUUUGUCAAUGGAACAAUUUUGGUUGUUGACGGAGGACAAUGGCUGAGCAAACCCCGUUUUCUGUCAAAAGAUGCUGUGAAGCAACUAUCUAGAAGACAGGAGAUAAGGUCUAGGGUUGCACCAACUGGGUUACCAAAGAGCAAGUUGUGAUAAAUCAAUAUGAUGUUUUGCUCUCUGAAGCCAUUCUGUUCUGGUUGGCCAUAAAUUGCUAUGUGUUUAGUCUUAGUAAGAACUUGCUUUUGUUAGCAGUGAAAAGCCCAUGAAAAUAACUGUUUUUCCUUAUCUUUUGCAGCUGUAUGGACCAAAUAUUAAUGCUCAUUAAUGGUCUGUGUUCCCAUCUAUAUAUGCCAAUAGAAACUAGAUUGGUGUGUUUUAAAGAACUUUUGUGUUUAUUCAAGCUUCGUUUCAUUGA